CAUCGUUUCUGACCUUCGUCUUCUCCCAUUUUGCCUUCGUUUUGCAGGUGUCCAAGCAGAGGCCGACGGAACCAUGGUUCACGUCAGUUUCUACCGGAACUAUGGGAAGACAUUCAAGAAGCCCCGUCGUCCCUACGAGAAGGAGCGUCUGGAUGCAGAGCUGAAGCUUGUAGGAGAGUAUGGCCUCCGAUGUAAGAGAGAGUUGUGGAGGGUUCAGUAUGUACUGAGCCGCAUCCGUAAUAAUGCUAGGAUGCUUCUCACUCUCGAUGAGAAAAAUCCCCGCCGCAUCUUUGAGGGUGAGGCACUUCUUAGGAGGAUGAACAGGUAUGGGCUUUUGGAUGAGAGCCAGAACAAGCUGGAUUAUGUGUUGGCCCUGACUGUGGAGAACUUCCUCGAGCGCCGUCUCCAGACACUUGUGUUCAAGUCGGGUAUGGCUAAGUCAAUUCACCAUGCUCGUGUCCUCAUUCGGCAGAGGCAUAUCAGGGUUGGGAGACAGGUGGUCAAUAUACCCUCAUUCUUGGUGAGGAUGGACUCUCAGAAGCAUAUCGAUUUCUCCCUCACAAGUCCCCUUGGAGGUGGUCGCCCAGGAAGAGUGAAGCGAAAGAACCAGAAGGCUGCUGCCAAGAAGGCUGCAGGUGGAGAUGGAGAUGAGGAGGAUGAGGAUUGAAUUCAUUUUAUGCCACCUCUUUUUCAGUUCCUUGUCGAUUCAGUUACUAGUUUUCUUGUCUGGAUGCUUCUAUUCAGUCUCUCUAUUUUAGUGAAUCCCGGAACCAAUUUUGCAUGUUUUGGUUAAUUGCUUAGAGCAAGACUAUUGUCAAGGAUGGUUUUUCCCCUUUUUUGUUAUGGUUGAUAAAAGAGUGAAACCUGUUAAAUUCUACCAAUCUAUUUUUUGGG